AUCACAAAAUCAGUUAAACAAAGAGAUCAGGAGAUUAGCCACUAUUAACGGAAACAUUAUCGAAUUCCUCAGCGUGUGACACGCUUUUACCUCAAAUUAGUCCUUUAUGGAUAAUACGUAAGGCGACAGAGAACAAGGAUAGUUGUGACAAAAUUACAUCAUUAACUGUGUAUUUCCUCUAUUGGUGCUAGAAGAUUCUACAACAUAGGAUACAGGAUCUAUUUUUUCACUCCGUAUCAAGUACUCCUUUCUGAACUUGUGAAAUUCUAUCUGUGAACCAAACGGGGAUAAUAAUAAUUUAAAAAAAAGAAGAAAAAAAAGACGUAAUGGACGGGCUUGCCGUGGUCUUAUCCACAUUGCUAUUCCUCCAGUCAGCAUUUGCACGUGAGGUUUGCUACGAUGGCUUGGGCUGCUUCGACGACUCGGCCUCGUGCCAUUCGCUUCGCUUCCCGCCCGAAUCACCAGCCAAGGUCAACACCCAGUUCUUCCUCUACACCCGGUCGAACCAAGCCCAAGGCGACCACCAGCUCCUCGACCGCAACGACGACGGGAACCUGAUGGCGUCACUCUUGGAUGGCCGACUCCAGACAAAGUUCAUCAUCCAUGGCUUCACCGAUACAAUCUUUUCAGAUUACUUCCAGGCAAUCAAAAACUCACUCCUAAAUAAGGAGAAUAUGAACGUGAUCAUGGUGGAUUGGAAUGAUGGGGCUAACGGAGGCUACAAUCUUUGCCGUCAAAACACGAGGGUGGUUGGCCGAGAGAUAGCAAUGUUGGCACGUGCCCUUAACAGAGUUCAUGGGGCAGAUUUCGGUGAUAUGCAUCUUAUUGGCCAUAGCCUGGGAGCCCAUACAGCCGGCUACGCAGGGGCCUUCCAAUCCGGAUUAGGUCGUAUUACUGGUCUUGACCCAGCUGGCCCAUCCUUCCGUGGUGUUGAUCCAGAAUGUAGACUGGAUCCCUCCGACGCCCUCUUCGUUGAUAACAUUCACACAGAUACCCAUGAAAUUCUUGGAAUGGGCAUCCUCGAACCGGUUGGGCACGUCGAUUUCUACCCGAACGGAGGCGACGACAUGCCCGGAUGUCCCUUGCUUCGUGAGGUCGCUUGCGAUCACUUCCGGUCAGUCUACUACUUUGAGGAGAGCAUCCGGUCAACAGAUUGCGCUUUUACCGCGUACCCAUGCGGUUCGUGGAACCAGUACCAAGCUGGUCUAUGCACCCGAUGUGGGCUGGCUGGCUGUCCGGAGAUGGGAUACAACGCGGACCAGAGCACUGCCACUGGGUCGUUCUAUCUGGAAACUAAUGGCAAGGAUACUUACUGCCAGCAGUAAUUUGUCCCGUUUGAGACCGUCAAAUGGGUACUGGAGAAUCACAAUCAUCUAGUUUACAAUCUUUGAACCCCCCCCCCCCCAGGAAUAAAUGCAUCUGUACAUUCAUGCUAAAGGUGAGCCCAAAAAUAGUUGUUUCGGACGUCUAACCUUUGUUACAAGAAGAAAUAGAUAUCAUAGAAAAGAGAAAGGAGAGAGGUUACAUUUUUUUUAAGUGACUUAAGAAUUACCAGAGGAAAAGAGCCUUAAUGAGUGAGAGGCAAAUCCGCUUUUUUGCGCCAAAGUUAAUGAUUUCUAUUGCAUUGUAUAUUAUGAAGUUUAUCAAGUUGCCAAAUCAAUCCCUCCCCACAUCAUUGGGGGGAGGAGCGGCGAUUGCCCAACCACAUCAACGCUUCUGCACACACACACACACGGACUCAUAAAAGAAAACAACAUAAGGGGAAAUCAAUAAUAAACUGGAGUCUUAAAUCUUAUUAGAAUCAUACAUCUUUAUUCAUAAAUUGGCAGAUAACCCAUUCCCAAUAAAGGAAGUCUUUUAAGGCUAUUGUAUGGAGCAAUUUAGUAGAACCAUAAUUAUACCAGUACUAUUGGAGCCAAUAUACCACCUUGGCUGUGUACAAAAAUAUUUGUGUCUAAACAGUAUAAACAAUUUAUAUGAUACAUGAAACAAAAAAUAAUUUUCGGAAGAAGAAACGCACAGGACAGAAGAAAGGCACUUCUAGAGGCAGGAUUUAACAAAUUCAAGCACAUAAAAUAUGUAUCUCUCAAGUAUACAAAUAAAACAAUCUAAAAAUAAUAUUAUUUGUGACAAGUUUGUGUUAAGUAUUGACCAGUUUUCGAAUAAAAAAUUAUUUUGAUAAAACAUUCAAUUAAGCAUUGAAUUAAUUUCCAAAUUAAAACAUUCAAUUAAGCAUUGAAUUAAUUUGAUUUCAUUAUUUUCCAAAGAAAGCCAAGCCAAUAGUAAAUUUAUUUAGAUCCCUGAUUAUAAAUCUUGAAAUUUGUGCUACAGUUCAACUCGUUAAAGGACAAGUACUUUAACUCUUAGGCAAGCAUGUAAUUUAGUUAUACAAGUAAAAUUUAUAACUAAAACAAAUAAUUGAAUGCUAGCAAAAGUACUGUAAACCCCUAAAUCAUAAAUACACCAAAAGGAUAAUCAAUCUAGCAACAUCUCAAAAUAUACCAUUCACCACAUUUCAGCCAUCAUUAAAUCAGAUCAGUUUUAGUUUGCAUACAUAAAUUAAACAAUGCUAAAAGAUAUACCAAACUGAAUAAUAAAAAUAUUCCAUCAAUUGUCAAAGAUACAAAUGCAAGCCUAAACAAUCAAAGAAUAUAUCACAUCUGUGCAAAUGAAAUAGAAGAAAAAUAAAUUCUUUACCAAAUUGGUAAAAAAAAAUGUCCAAAGCACUGGAUACAGUCUCGCCACAAUUUCCUCCUAAUACUAUUCAACACAUUUAAAUGUGUAACAGGCUCUGAUGAAAUCAAUUGACAUGAUGGAUUCCUGAAGAUGGAAUACACUUUACAUCAUUUAAAUGUAUCCCUUUCUAUCAAAUGUGACACAAUAUCAAUAUAAAAUCUCCUACAGUGUGUAAAAUAAUAUCAUCUCACUACACUUGGCAAGUACACAUAAAAACUUAUACAGUACCCUGUCAUGAUUUUCGGCAUUCAUAUUGUUUUAAAUCUUAGAAUAAAAAAAAUUGUGAGUUGUCAUGAUUCACUUCAUUCAUAUUCAGAGUUUCAAAAUAUAUUUAAUCAUCUCUUUCUAAGAAUUCUCAGAAUUAUAUUUGAAUUGAGAAUAUUCCUCAUUCUAUCAAAUGUCAAACAUUAAUGUCUAAAUGAAGGAAAAAAGUGUCUUUAGUCCCAUUUCCAAAAUAAUUCAAGAUUCCUAGAAAGAAAAAAAAACAAACUAUUUUUUAAAUAUUUCAUAUUCAUAUUCGAAUAAAAUAUAUCUUGCAAAAAAACAUAAUUCACUUUCAUAUAAAGCUUAAUACACUAAGCAGGUGUCUAAAGCUCUUUAGACAUAUUCAACUACCCUGGCCAUAAAAUGUAAACACGUGAAACAAGAAAUAUCACUCAUGUGACGAACAUAUAUAAUAUGCCAUUACCAUGGCAACACUACCAUGUUUCCUAUAAUUAUUGCCAGCGAAAUCUAGAUACCUCCAUGGAAAUGCAGUAUCUAACUCAUUCCAAGAAUGUAUCCGAGUGUGUCUUACACCAAGACCAAUUUGUUUCUCAAGUCUCACCUGCAGUAAACUGGGAAAAUAAUUUACUUAUUUUAUAUUUCACUUGCAACGAACUGCCUGAUCGCCAAACCAGAUAUAUUUUAUAACCCUUUCGACUCUAUUUCGGAGGUAUAAUUAAACUUACAUGGCAGUCUUCUUAACAUUGUAAUAAUUUUUACUAGUAAUAUACAAAGUUAAAAAUAUAAAUAUAACAUUACUGAAAUAACGUAAGACUCUGACUCGUCAAUAUUAAGUAGAAAACCCUGAAUUUUGUUCGCUAAACAAAGAUAUAUAUUUGUCUACAACCAACCUUUAAAUUAUAAAAGCAAAUAAUAGGCCCUUUACAAGCAUCCCAUAAAAGAGUUCUUUAUCUUUGAAGCGAUUGCUAAGGUAAAUAUAGUCUCCACUCCUAGAGUAACGUAAUCAUAAAAGGCAGAGUUGAUUUAAAAACGAAUGGAAAGUAUUCAAUGAGCAUAAUGUUGAAAAUUUCAACAAAAUAAGAUUAUAUGCACAACAAGGGCUUAUGCAUAGGGAACUAAUGACGUCACACACUCGCUAUUUCUUUUGUAUUAUACUAAUACAUGACAGUUUUGGGUACUUACAAUUCAAAAUUUUUCAACCAUGGUUUGGCUCCACCUUGAAACAUAUGGAAUCGACAUCAUUGUAACUCAAAAUGAUUAUUAAGUCAACACCUUCUUUACUAAAUCAUAUCUACAAAAUUGAAUAUGACAUUUUCAUGUACAAUAUUAUUACUUUUUAUUAAAUGUGUGUGACAUCACUGGUUCACUCAUUUUACCAAUGUUGUGCAUACAACUGGUAUGUGAAAUUAAACGUCAGAUUUAAGAUGUUAUAAUUUUCUAAGGGGGAUAAAAAAUGCCAAAGUAACA